AUGUCGUACGAAAGCCGCAACACCCAGCCAGGCACGGACGGUCCUAAUAGUGGUCCAUCGGUGUUCCGUCAACACAAUCAGCAAGAUCCCACUGGAUUGCUCAAUACCAAAGACAGCGGCAAUGGCCGGAUUGCAACGUCCAAUUCACGAUACAGUCAACAAAAGCUGCUCUUUUUGCAGCAGCCUCAUCACCAACGGUCAUCUCCCGUCAACACCAUCACACCAUCUGUGGCGUCUUCCCAAACCCAUCAAACUCACAGUGGAGACGUUCAGGGGCAAAAUGCUAUCUUGUCUCAAGCGCAAGUUCACACUGAUGAUUUUCAAGCCGCACCACAAACUGCGGCCUCUCUUCGACCACAGUCACAAACUCAGACACGGGGGCUUGCGGCUGAUGGUGGCAGUAUUGCGGGAAGCAACUCGCGCAGUGCCUCAUCGGGCACACAAGUUGCGACGAAGAGGGUCAUCUCCCCCGAGCCGCCCGUGCCAGCUUCUGCAGCAUCCCCUUUGGCGGUGAAUGUGCACUUGGCAAACCAGGAUACCCCAGACGAUAUCUACGAUUCCACUCCACGACUGCCGUUGGGGCCACCUCCACCACCAGUACAGCCUAUCGCCGCCACAGCAACCGGUCAGAGCAUGGUUAGUGACAGCUCCGCCGACGAAGCGCCGCGAAAUGCCACCCACGCAAACGGAGGCGCUAAUGGAGCGCCAUCAACAACUCUGGCCAGGGACAAAAGCACGCGAGCCGAGCUGGAGGACACCGAAGACGAACGCAAGAGGACCAUUCGCCACGAAGCUCAGGAGGAUAAGACCUUAGUGGACCCCUACGAAGAGGUGCAGUCCGGAGGUGUCAAGUACAGAAAAGAAGAAGACCCCGAAGUACCCCAGAUGAGCGCGACAAGUUACCCCGGACAGGAAUGGAACCCAUAUGGAGCGGGUGGCUAUGAGGACUGGGAUUAA